AGACGGCUGCGACAAUUCCUUCUCCUACGAGGAUUGGAACCACGACUCUGUUAUUUAAACAGCUUGGUCGUCUCCUUUCUUUCUCGUUCUUCGUCCGCCCCGCUUCUCUCCGAAGCAUAAGAGUUAGAGUUGAAGAAUUCAUCAACCAUGUCUCCCGAAGCGAGCAAGAAGUUGGAGCCCCCAAAGAUGGUGGUUCUCCGGGCCUACGGCGGCGCGGAAUUUGAGGUCGAUGUGGUCGUGGCGAGCCAGUCGGGGACGAUCAAGAACAUGAUCGACGACGGGUGGUCCGUGGAGUCCGGCGUGCCCCUCCCCAACGUGGAGGGCCCCGUGCUCGCCAAGAUGGUGGAGUACUGGAAGCGUCACGUCGAGGGUGGGGGGGAGGAGGAGCUCAAGGAGUGGGACAAGGGCUUCGUCGAAAGGGAGAAGCAGGACCUUUUGGUGAUUACCAUGGCCGCCCACUACCUCGACUCCCAGCCCCUGUUCGAACUCUGCUGCCAGGCGGUGGCCGACACCAUCAAGGACAUGGCGGUCGAGGAUGUCCGGGAAUACUUCGGGAUUGAGAACGACUUCACCCCCGAAGAGGAGAGGAAGAUGAGGGUUGCGCAUAGCUGGGCCUUCCAGUGAAUGGUUCCGAGUCGCUUUUAGUUUCCCAUUGAAGGCUUUUCUUUCUUUCUUUAGAACUCUAUGGGUUUGUAGUUGCUUGCUUCGCUUCCUUGGACUGUCGUCGAAGCAUGCUCUGUGGAACCAUGGAAGCGUUGCUAGAUACGAUAUCGAUUUAUUUUUUGAAGGAAUUAAUGAAGUUCAACUUUUUUUAUCAGAAUUAUGAUUUCCAGCUUUUAAAAAACAGGUUGACUGGAUAAUGUAUUAUGAGAAGGUAGAAUGGUGUUUUUU